AUGCGUUACCAAGUUCUUCAAAUCAUCGCCCUUCUUUCCCUCGGUGCAUCCGCACAAGAUCUCGGAAAUAUCGUCGGCUCGCUAACCUCGGAUAUUGGAGGAGCAGCCAAUACAGCAACAUCGGCAAUUGGUGGAGCAGUUGAUACUGUUACGUCUGGCGCUGGUGGAGUUUUAUCUACCGUUACGUCUGGCGCUGGUGGAGUUCUUUCAACCGUUACGUCUGGCGCCGGUGGAGUUCUAUCAACCGUUACAUCUGACGCAGGUGGAGCUCUAUCAACCGUUACGUCUGGCGCCGGUGGAGUUCUAUCAACCGUUACAUCUGACGCAGGUGGAGCUCUAUCAACCGUCACAUCUGCAGCCGCAUCCAGACUUUCGAGCAUCGAAAGUGAAGCCAGCAGCGGCGUGGCCAGUAUUACAUCUGACGCAGGCGGAGUUCUUACAACAGCGACUUCAGCUUUAUCCAGUAUCACAUCUGCUGCGGCAUCCAAAUAUUCGAGCAUCGAAAGUAAAGCCAGCAGCGAAAUUGCGAGCUUAAGCUCGGUGGCCAAGACCGCUACCGAUAGCGCGGUUAAGAGCUCAAUCAGCGCGGCAAUAGGCAGUAUUAGCAGUGAUGUGGCUAGUGCAUCAUCGGUCGUAUCGAGUGCAACUAGUAGGGCUAGCAGCGAUGUCAAUGCUGCCACUAGCAGUGCCGCUAGUGCUACAUCCAGCUCGGGAGCUAUGAGAACCUCGGUACCAAUUGCUGGAGGUGCUAUUUUGGGUGCGGCUUUAUACUUGUUGUAG